AUGUCUGCGCUCUUCAACAUAGAUGCAUUGGUAAGAGUGCUUGUUCUCGCAGUAUGCACAAUAACUUAUGCAAAGCAGCACUUCCCUUCGUUGGUUUCAAAAGAUAAAAAGGGCAUUUACACUGUACUUCGCAAGUUUUCUGUUGUUGGAGAAAGACUUUCUCCUUUUGUUGCUUUCUCAUGCAUGGUUAUUGGAUUUGGAAAACUUCUUUCCAUUUUUUUCUAA